ACUAAGGCCAACCUAGACACCUAGUAAAAAUACUUAAAACCAAUAAGUCACAGAUUUUCCAGAUUUCAGAUCAGCCAAUAAGGCAAUAACCUAACACAAGAUAAGGAAAUGCUGCUUUCAGGAAAUAGCUUCUUGUGCACCCAUAUUUCCCACAGAAAAAAAGGAAAGAGAUUUCUCACAACAUUUGCAAAAAAGCCCAAUUUUCCAGAAAACAAGCAGAACCCCAAUUUCAAAUUCAAGAUCUCUAGCAAAUUAUUGACUCAAUCUGCCAUUGGAAUUCUGGGAUUAGGAUUUGUUGAUGCAGGAUAUAGUGGAGAUUGGUCGAGAAUUGGAGUGAUUUCAAAAGGAACGGAGGAUUUGCUGAAGAUUGCAGCUUUUUUAGUGGUACCUCUCUGUUUGUUUGCUAUAUUAUCUGUUGCUAAAAACCCAGAAAAUUAACGUCUAUAAUUCUUUAUUUCUCGUAUUUUUUUUUACUAUACAUGUAUGAUUGUAUGCUAUGUGUAACAAUAUUCUCAUAUCAUAGAGUAGUGUUUAACGAAUAACAAAUCAACAACUAAUUAGAACUUAGAAUAACUUAAAUGUCUAACGAUGUCUAUGCCAUGCUCAAUUUAUUAUUUUUAUUUUUAUUUGGUGCGGUAAAUUAUUAUUAUCAUUAGGAAAAUGCUACAUAUAGCCAUUAGGGCUAUAUGCCUACAUAUAAGCAUUUAAUUUACUUUCCCUUAAAAAAAA